UGCCUGGCAAUAUAAAUAAUAUGAUAAUAAUAAACAAAUAAGUCCAUGUUUCAGUGCUUAGCAGAUAUUGAAUAAAAUAUAAGAGUGAACUAUGAAUUUGAAUAAUUCGAAAAAUCAGAUUUUGGUGUGAUCAUUUGAUAAUUUGAAGAAGAAUUAGAACUAUUAUAAGAAGCAAUAUAGUAACCGGCAGAUCUAGGAACUUUGGUUAUUGUGUAUUUAAUCGGAUUAAGGAGAUAAUAAAAAUACAGACUCUAACAAGCAUUGUACGCGAUAAACAAGCGCAACAGAACCUCAUGUAUACUGCCGGGUCGGUGCCGACUCCCGCUGCCGCAGCAGCGCCAAACGCCAAUAGGCGGCGAGCCUGUCCUGACUCCUGACUCCUGAACGAGUCACAACAAGCCCGGAGUGGGUAUAAGCGGUACUAGCCACUGUAUACCAUCAGGUAUACUAUAGAGCAGCUCUCUGGUACGUAGUCUAUAAGUAGUAGACUAUAAAAUUCACGGUUUGUCUAAAUGUUAUUCGAGUGCACACCAAAAACGUAUUGGCAGAGAUACUUUAUUCGUUUUAUUUGGUCUUCAACCACUGCGUCUUCUCAGUUCAGGGCUUCAUAUUGUUUUUAUUUGUCCAAAGCACAGAGAGUUGUGUUGUUUUGAAGAAUCUUCAAAAUUUCGAAAAAAAACAAACGAUGAACCCUAACAAGUUAAAAUUUCUGACCGAGAGAUACGACAAAGAAAAUAGAAAUUUGAAAUUCCAAGAGAAAUUUAUAGCAUUGCCUGGUUUGAAACCCGUAUCGGGAAAAUUUUACGCUAAACAUGACGCCUUGUCGUCGCACGACUCAUCACCUGUGGAAUAUAUUGACCUAGUCAAAAGAUCGGCUUCUGCCACACCAAAGGAUAACUUCCAUUUCCCACCACCUGCCGUGAAUAUGGAAUACGGAUGGUUUGCAAAGCCCUUAAUUCCUCGACCCUCCGAUAAAAGGCUUAUUUUCCCUAUAAAACAAUCCGAUUUUAUAAAAACCGAAAUCUAUAUAAGAGAGAUGCAAAAAAACUUGCCAGAAAUGAAGUUUACUGGUAUACCUUUUCGCACAUGAAAGUAAAUUUUAAUAUGGCAUUCUAUUCAUUUUUCAAAUUGUUGACAUUUUGUAUUCUAUAACGAUAUCGAAUGAAAAUGCUUUAUAAACUCA